AACCACAUCACAACAGCCAAGUGAAGAAAGAACAAGUCUAGAAGACACAGAUUCUUGAGUCGCUAAAUCGUUGAGAAACUUCUAAAUACAACACAAAAGAAUUUUAUCUACAAAAAUGAAUUUUAUGAUUAUUGCAAUCCUUCUCAUUGGAGCAGCCAGCAUGAGCUCCCAGAAACCAAUUGUUGACAACACUGCUGAUGAAAUUGUUCUCCUUAACCCAGAAGAAGCCUCUGAUGAUCUUGAUGUCGCGGAGAAUAACAUCAUCAUGCCAUAUUUCCGCAAAGCAUUCAGACACAGAGGCCGCCAAAUCCGCGAAGCAACUCCUGAACAAUUUGCUGCUGAACUUCCUCAAAUUCCUGAAGAAGAAGCUUCUGAUGAUCUUGAGCCUGCUGAGAAUAACAUCAUCAUGCCAUAUUUCCGCAAGGCAUUCAGACAUCGCGGCCGCCUGAUUCGCCAAGCCACUCCUGAAGAUUAUGUUGCUGAACUUCCGCAAAUUUCCCAAGAAGAAGAUGAAGUUUCUGAUGAUCUUGAACCAGCUGAGAACCACAUCUUCAUGCCAUAUUUCCGCUACAGGGAGCGCAAGGCAUUCAGACGUCGUGCUCGCCAGGCCGCUACUGAAUCAUUUGUCAGCCACAGGAGGAGCACCCGAUCCGUUGACAGUGAUAUCUCUGGUGGCGAUGAUGAUCUUGCAGUAGCAGAAAAUCACAUCUUCCUUCCUGUCUUCCGCUACAAAUCCCGUGCAGCCUACAGGCAGCGUGUGAAGAAGCCCGUGAAGAACAACCGCGGCUAAAUACUUCACCAUAAUUUAGGAUUUUUCAAUUAGCUUGAUUGAGCAGUUUGUUUGCUCCAAAAAGCUCAUCUGUGAUGAUUAGUUAGGAAUUAUUCAAUUUUUUCAAAUUGUUACUUUUUUUACAAAUAGGAUUUUUCAAAUUUACAAUUUUUAUAUACAAAAAAUAUUUAUUUAGAAUUUAAAAAAAAGAAAAAAUAAA